CUGUUGUCCUGAUGCGAUGUCUCCGCGCGUUCCACCAGGUCGUCCAAUGUGCGGGUGUGUGUGUGCUUCUAUAUGUUGUCCCACAAGUGAGGUGAAGUAGGAGCAGCACUAGCUUACCAACAUUGUUAGUGAGCACGGUUUUGUACAUAGUGAGCAGUGAGUACAUAGGUGAGACGGAGCAGCAAUAAACAUUAGUAGUAGCAUCAUCAUCAUCAACAAUAGCAAGAAGGAAAUCCGCGGUUCUAAGUAGUGUGUUAUGAUAGUUUAGAAGAAGGGUGGCCGCCGAGAAGGAGGUGCUUUCGUCCUUGCUCUCAAACAUCGUGAUGGAUUGUCGUGUUUCGGUGUUUUUUGGUGGAUUUAAGAUUUAGCUGUUGAAGGAGACAGUCUAACGACUAGAAGGACGGAGUAGUGGCGGUUGUAAGAAGAAAAUUGUUUCAUAAUCGGCUGCCUUUCUGAAGGGAAGGAUGGGAACCAAUUGAAGGUAGAAACCAUUUUCCAGUGAAUUAGAGCGAGCUGUGCAUCCUGUAGUACGGGCGGUAAAUCAACGAGAGGAUAAUGAGUUGUAAAUACAGUAAUAGCUUUCACGUUUUUCCUCGGAAAUCGAUUAUCGAGGACGAAGUUGGAGGAUUCGCUGUCGGGAGCCCAGCAUAUAUUUGAUGACCUCUUCAGUCGGACAGAGUUGUAACCACGUUUUUGGUGUCGCUGUGUGUUAUAUGAAAAAAAAAAUAGCGUCCAAAGGCGCAAUUUGUAUCUCAUAACCAGUAGUUAUAGUGCUUAACGGUGUGCUUAUUCUGAUUGCGUUUUCAAUUAGUAUACAAUACGUCGUUCUAAGUGUGAAAUGCUUAUCCACGCGUCGCUUGUUCCAGUAAUUAGAUCAAUAGUUCAUACUCUCACAAACAUACCAAUAUUGCAAGAGUCUUACGUAAAGGCCACUACAGUAGAUAUAUAGAGUUAUGAAAUAAGUGUUCCAUUCAGAAGCAAAAAAUUACCCCUAUUGAGUGCACCUAGUGAAUAGAAUACAUAUAGUUUAGAUGUGUCCACAGUGAAAUUAGGUAUUUAAGAAUACGUGUGGUGGCACAAUUAUUCCUGCUUUCCGCUUCGUGAGCGAUCGAUUUUGGAUUAUGAAAAGAGCUCAUCGUGGAGAAAGAUCAACACACGGAGGGGGUAGAGUGAUCAAUUGCUGCAACAGCUGGAUAUAGACAAGUACUUGAAUCAUCCAGGGUGCAGGCUUCGAACAAUAAGCAAUAAACUUCUCGCGGCUGUAACCGCGGAACCAGAAGAAAUGUGACAAGAAACCGAUUCUAAUCCAAUUUGAGUGCACGCGCGUUCGUGUGAGUGCUUCGUGUGUAAAAAAGCUAGAAGUAAAGCAAAAGUAGAAAAAUAAUCCCACUCAGCAUUACUGUCCAGUGAGACGGUGAGUGGCCGUGGCCUGUCAUACAAAAAAUGAAGCAAACGGUGAUUCUGUUCAUAAUCGGCUGCACAGUGCUGGGCGCUGCUGCCUUUGCCGGAGGCCAGAAUGCGGCCAACGGUGGGGGUGACCCUGCCCCGGGACGAUCCCCGGGACCACCCGGAGUCAUGCAGCUGUCGAACGCCGACCACGGAGAACCUCUGCCGGGAGAAACGCCGACCUACAUCGUGACCAAAGAUGACACCGUCGAUGGCGAGAGCCGUUCACCGUUGACGUCGAACGACGUUCUGGAUUCACCGCCGGAAGAGGACACAGUCCGCGGGGAUGAUUUGGAACAGUUCGUAGGUGACGUCAGCAGUGAAUCGUCCAGCAGUAGCGUACUGCUUGCUGAAGCCGGGGAAAGUGAAGCGUUGGGCAUUGGAGAACAGCUCCAAAGCGAGAACCAACUCAGUGAACCCGAGGGGGGCGAGGAAAGGGCGACAGAGGAGGGCCAUCCACCAGCAGGGGUGGGACCUUGCCCGAGGAAUGGCGAGGAUUAUCUGAAGCCAGACGAUAAGAUUGUACGGGUUGACAAGGACAAGGAUGUUGACGGCGGGACGCACCUGCAGGUUCACGUUGUUCAUGACGUGUUUGACACCGCUAAUGGAAUUGUUCCGGGCAUUGUGUAUCGAGUGGAAGUCCAGCGGCCGAAGCAGUCGGAAAUCCGCGACUUUUACAUCGAAUCGUUGGCGGAGAGCACUUCGUCCCUCGGAGCUCACACGCACCACCAUCCGGUGGGGCGGUUCUUAGAUAGCAAUCAACUUUCCAAUUCGGACCGAGUUCGUGAAGCUGCAGGGGAAGACGAUUACCGGCCGGUGCUGUCCAACACCUGGAUUGACGAUUUGGAAGCGGAUUGGGCUUCCGAGCAUCCGCACCGGAAGCCUUCGCGAGCAGAUGGGAGGAGGACGCGUCUCGAUCCCAUCCGGUGGAACUCAAUUCAACCGAACAUAGAAGCUUACUUCGAUGAGGGUGACGUCGAUGCCGAAGAUGAUGACGAUAAAGUGCUCGACGGCACCUUUCUUCCCCGGGAUUGUCUCGGGCACGUGUGGAAACAGGAUCUCAUGUUCGAGGACCGGAUGAUGAUGAACUGGAGCGUUCCGGUAGGGGAUGUUGGGCUGUUUGGGCGAAGAAGCAGCGGCAGUAGUAGUAGCAGUAGUACUAGAGAUAGUAGUCAAGAUGACAAAGGCCAGCGCAACAGAACUGUCUAUUUUAGGAUAUUAUAUCGUUCAAUGACCAGCCAUAUUGUUAACGAACUGAUUUACACAAUGGUGCUUUUAAAAGAAUGUAACUUACUACUUAAGGAAACCUCGGGAUCUCUCGACUCCGGCAAGCUGCCCGCGGAGUACGACGACUGUAGAAUAGGCUUUCCCUCACGAUUGGAGGACCUGGAGCAGCAGCAACAGCAAUUGCCACCCGGGCUGGUGGUACAACUAACGAGGCUCAAUAUUCCCUGCCGUGCCGACGGGGGCUAUCUCAAAUUUAGCGAUUCCAUCUCUGGCGGUAGUGCAGAUGGAUUGAUGAGUGGUUCAGGUGAUGCGUUGAAGAGCAUCGAUCGUGAUCAUGUGGUGAACGGGGAACGCCGGCUGGACACCCAGCCGGGACUGCUUUGUGGUAAACUCGAAGAAUUGCCCAAGCACGAACGGACGUUUUACUUUCAAAGGCACCGCAAUACAAGCCUGGUGGUGCACAAUCGGGCGGUGUUUAGUUUUAACUAUAGGCUAGUGGAUUACUGUUACAAUGUAACGCUGAGUGAUAGGAACGGUUCGGUGCUACUGAGGCCUUUGCGAGGUCUGGACUGCCGCUUCAAGAUUCACCUGCCAUACGGAAAUCGAGUGCGACUACGGCUGGUGGUCAAUGCUGAUGGAGAUUCAGUCAGUUCUAGUGUGGUGGAUCGAGAACAGGUGGAUCUGAGUUUGAGUCAGGGCGUUGUGUUUAUGCCCCAAUGCUUCGGAGGACUCCGCGUUGAAGUCUUUGAACUGCCGCAGAAUCGGUGGGUGCAAUGCGUAGAUAGCUACAGCAGAGCAGCGGAAUAUACGCUGCUUUCUAGUGAUAAUAGCAUAGUGAUUCAAGUCAGCAAGAACUCUCUGCUGGCGGCUUUGGAAGCCGAAGCAGACGCGAACAAUAGCAGCAGUAGUAGUAGUAGCAGUAGAAAAUCAGUGCCAUCACUACUCAUCGAAUACAGUUCGCAUCCGAUCGAGAAUGUCGUAUCACAAUGUGCCUUCGGAUGGAUCGCAAGCAAUCAGUUCUGUAUCGCUCCGUUUGAGAGCGAACGGCUCAGCUGGAUGGAAGCCGAGAGAGAGUGCAACCAUCAGGGAGGCCAUCUGGCCUCGAUUCGAUCCGUGGCGGACCAGAAACUGAUCGAUCAGCUCUUGCUCAAAAGUCCCGGCUAUCGGGACGGAAAUGCUUACUGGAUCGGGGCAUCGGAUAGGAUGCUGGAAGGGGACUUCCGGUGGAGCGACAGUCUGCCGUUUACGUAUUCUAAUUGGUUUCCCGGAUGGAUCCAGCAACAUAACUACAACAGACAACCAAACGAUGAUGGUUUGAGCGGGCAGGACUGCGUUGAGAUUCGACGGCAGUUCCAGACUCCUCCGGGGAUAUCCUCGGGUGUAAGUCCACUGUCAGAGUCUUACAUGUGGAAUGAUCGCGACUGCGAUACACGUAACUUUUUUCUCUGCGAACGACUAGCUGUUGAAGAGCCGUUGGAGAAAACCUGGCACGAUGAUUGCAACAAAACGAUCUCCCUGACGAUGGACCGCCCAAAGGCCACAAUCUGGAGUCCGGGGUUUCCGAGGCCUUAUCCCGACAACGUCAACUGCCUGACAAUGAUCACUGCCCCUCCUGGAUAUCGGAUAGUGGUAGACUUCGAGGAACUAGUCCUUGAAAAUGAACCACUGUGCACUUACGAUUAUCUCCAGAUCCUGGAGCCACCAGCCAACUUCUCCGCCGCAUACAGCAAACCUUCCCGCUCCGCCUUUGGAGGAGUGCCGCUCUUCCAGACGCGCAAUCCGCGACACAGCACAAGUCGCUACUACGUACGUCGACGCAAAUCAAGCUUUCUGCCCUCCAAGGUUGACAUCUCCGAUCGCCUCAUGUCGACCUUCACCAGCAAAACUCCGAACCUGAUCCUCCAGCCGGAAGAUCCCAGCUACAACCUCCGACUUCCACCGCCGGAUCUCUACACCGGCCGAGUCCCCCGAAAGGUCUGCGGUGACUGGAGCUCCAAGCUGAAGCUGCUCCGGCACACGACCAAGGGACCGCUGCUGGCGUUGCGGUUCGUGUCCGACUACUCCAACCACUACGGCGGUUACAAGGCCAAAGUUGCCAUGGAAAACGGAAUCCUAGAUACGUCCAUGUUGAGCACCACACAAACCGGACCGGAAAUGGCCCACUCCAGCCUGUCCAGUAUCGGACCUUUUUCCGACAUUUAA